GUCAGCGUAGAUGAAUGCAAGCGUGUGCUCGUACGGGAGCACGGACCAGAGACAAGGAGACACAGUUUACCAGCUCUCCUAAGAAGAAUAAAAGACACGCAAUACAAAAAUAUGAAUGCAUUACAUUGGUUCUAAUAUGUUGGGGGAGACCAACCCUAUAGAUUGAAGAGCUGAGCCGAACAAUAAGGAAACGCCCUUAUUAAGAUGACGGAUGGCAGACUGUGCCAGGUGCAUCUCCUUGAUGACAGGAAGUUGGAGCUGCUGGUUCAGCCCAAGCUGUUGUCACGAGAGCUCCUAGAUUUGGUGUCCUCCCACUUUAACCUCAAAGAGAAGGAAUACUUUGGCCUAACAUUUACUGAUGACACGGGUCAGUGUAAAUGGUUGCAACUAGACCGUAGAGUUUUAGACCAUGACUUCUCCAAGAAGAAUGGACCUAUUGCUCUCAACUUCCUGGUCAGGUUUUACAUCGAGACCAUAACCCUACUGAAGGACAUAACAACAGUGGAAUUAUUCUACCUCAAUGCAAAAUCUGCCAUCUACAAUGGGGGCUUAGAAGUGGAGAGCGAAAAUGUCUUCAAACUGGCAGCAAAUGCUUUGCAGGAAGCAAAAGGAGACUACACAAGUGAUGAAAACACCAGAACGGACCUAAAAAAACUCCCAACUCUUCCCACCAAAGUGCUAAAGGAGCACCCUUCUCUGGCAUAUUGUGAGAACCGAGUGAUUGAGCUCUACAAACAGCUGAAAGGAGUCUCCCGAGGGCAGGCUAUCCUGCAGUACCUGACUUUAGUAGAAUCCCUGCCCACAUAUGGUGUUCAUUAUUAUGAAGUCAAGGACAAGCAGGGGAUCCCUUGGUGGCUUGGAAUCAGCUACAAGGGAAUUGGCCAGUAUGAUUUACAGGACAGACUUAAACCAAGAAAGCUGUACCAGUGGAAGCAGCUGGAGAACCUGUACUUUAGGGAGAAGAAGUUUGCUGUUGAGGUUAACGACCCACACAGGAGAGCAGUAACCAAGCGCACUUUUGGCCAGACAGGCCUGGUCAUUCACACAUGGUAUGCCAGCCACUCCCUAAUCAAAACCAUCUGGGUGAUGGCUAUUAGUCAGCAUCAGUUUUACUUGGACAGAAAGCAAAGCAAAGUCAAAGUAUCAGCAGCAAGGAGUUUAGAGGAAAUUGCCAUGGAUUUAACUGACCAGCAAGGGGGGUCGAAGAUAACCAGACUGGGAGAUGUAGGGUUAAAGAACAACCUCAUCAUGGCCAGCAACGGUAGCCUUGUAUCCACAGGGUCAGCUGACUCUGAGGUAAAUGAAGAACUGAAGAGAGACAAGAUCUCUGCGCUCAGAAAGAAGGAACAAGAGAUCCAGGAUGUCCUAACCCAGAAAACAAAAGAACUGAAGAAAAUAUGCAUGAGGGAAGCGGAGAUAACGGGCAAACUGCCAAAAGAGUAUCCGCUGACCGCAGGCGAGAGACCUCCUCAAAUCAGACGACGAGUUGGCACGGCGUUCAAAUUGGAUGAGCUCUUCCCCUAUAACGAGGACCCAUACCUAAGAAACCUGGAGAGUAGGUUUGCACUGCAGCGGAAGAUCGUGGAGGCUGCUAAGAAGCUAGCGAACGAGGCAGAACUGUGUAAGACAGUGAAAAAAAAGAGGAGGAGGAACUGCCUUGAUGCUAUGCACAAGCUCCAGCAGAUCGAGGAUGAGAUGAACCAGUACAGAGUAAAGAAAGGCAAGAAGCCCACUCAGAGAGCAUCUGUGAUCAUAGCAGAUGAGCUUGUGCGUUCAGAGUGCAACUCAGAGUGUAGUCUACCCCUAGAUGACGAUGACUCAGACAGUGUUCAGAGGCCACGGUCACGCUCUGUCCAGUGCUCCCCACAGCUGAGCCCUCCUCACUCCCUCGGGCCAGAGUAUGAUCUGGAGAGACACGGCUCCCCCAGGAAUCACCAGCACAAGAACCACAGCAGGCUAGCAUUUGUUGGCCAGGAAUCUUCGCAGUACUGCCAGCCGCCCAGAGAGGUCUCUUCAGCACACAGUAGUCCCUCUAAGACCUUACCAAGACCCCCCCGAGACCCCCGCAGCAUGCCCCCCAGCCCCGCCAUGACCCGCAACGCCUAUAGCAGCAGCCAGCUCAGAUUGGAAGGGAGCUCUCAGUGCUUCAGACAUCGAAGUGGCAGUCUGGAGUCUCAGUCCCGGCUGCUGAAGGAGUCAGACCCAGAGAAGCCCAUCUUCACCCUGUCACCAGCCCGCAGAAGCAACAGCAGUGAGGCUCUGGAGGACUGCUCCUCCUACGCCAGCCAGUCCAGCCUGGAUUACUUUGGAGCAGGCAACCCCCAUUACUGCACCCUAGACUCCCGCAGCCGCAACCACCACCACCUACACAGGAAGGUGGAAGUGUAUGGAAACACAGGCAGCAUGCCUAAUCUGGUCCCAAGCCAGGGUGGGUGUAGCUACACAUAUGAGCCCCCAGCACACUAUGCCCCCACAGCUUACUAUGUGGCAGGCUAUCCUUGCCCUGAUCUGGAGCCUUAUUCCAACGGUGCCUACGUUUAUGAAAAUGAGGUGGAGGGACACUACAAUGUCAACCCCUCAUACCAGGUGCAUGGUUACCAUGGACACGAGAGAUACAGACACUACAGCAGUGACCGAACGGACAGUCUCUCUCAGAACCCCUAUGCCACCAUGAGGCACCCCCGCAGCAAGCAGGGGCCCAGGAACGAGCUGCUAGCCAAGAGCAUGCAGAAGGCCAUGGUGGCUGAGCACCUGAGGGGCUGGUACCACCGCACCGGAGGUCCCAGGGAAGCAGGCCGGGGCCUGAUGUAUGACUGUGACAGUGGCUCGCAACUCAGCCUGGGCUACCAGACCAUGCCGGCUCCAUUCAGUCACUCCAGCAGGGCCACCUCCUUUUCCUCAGUAUCCUCAGCAGCCAGCACAGGGAACUGGCGCAGCCAGCUGGCUGUAGGUCUGACAGAGUUUGACAUGGCAGACACACCUACUCACCCAGGAGCUCCCGGCGCUCACUACAGUCGCAGUCCGACACACAGCAGAUUCCUCCUGGAUGGGAACCACAUGGGCUUCCACUGAAGAUGACCAAACUCAGCUCUGGAACACUUACCCGACUGGAAGCACAUUUAACGGUUAAGUUAGUACUGAGUGCAACACAGUUCUUAAGGCCAAUAAAAUGACACUCAUGAAUGACUUUCCCUCGUGCCUUGGAUUGGAUGGAGAUUUAUCCAAGAAGACAAGGAUGUGACAAAGUUAUAAAACACAGGAUAUUGCUGAUUGGGGAAAUGGUUACGUAUAAUUGUGAAUAUUGUGGAUGAUAUCAAAAAGGAAUAAAAAAAUUGGUAUCCCUGGAACCUUUAAGCUUUCAACUUAGUGUACUUUUACAAGCAGUAUGUGUAUUUCAUGCCUUCAUUGUCUUAAAAAUAAAUAUUAGAGAUUAAAACUAAGGACUCACUACAUCUCCAUGUUAAAUGUAGUCAUCUGCAGGAUAUUUCUUUAAAAUAUUAGGAAUCCAUUUUAAGUAAUGAUUAUGAUAUUAAAAAAUGUGACAUCCUUUAAAACAGCAUCCUGUGGACUUAAACUCCAUCUUCACUCAGUUAUCUGAAUGUAUGUCAAUAUUGAAUAUUUUUUGUUGUUAGUGUUUCAUGGUGUUGUAAAUUGCAUGUUGAGAAGCUCAACUUUUGAUAAUCAGGAUUACAUUUUUUGUAUAAACGUAGGCAUAUGACUUUUAACAAGGAUGAUCCUUCAGUGUUCUUUUACAUGUUUCUCUACAUUUGUACAGUGCCUGUGUAUUGUUACAGUUUACUUUGUCAUUUCUAUGUGAUAGUAAAACCCAUUUCUCAUUUGAAACAGGAAAACAAAUAAAAACCUGUGUCAGACACAUAA